AUGCAACCAAACGACAAUCGUCAACUAUCAAUGCCCAAUCCUCCGGACCAGUCAUUGAAACGUCACAUAUCGCAGACCCAGGGCUCUAACGUGGGUAACAUCAAACGUCAACGCAUUUCCAUCGACAAAUCACCUCAGCAGCUCACCUACAGUGACGUUCCUCAAGCUCCAGGGUCUAGUUUUACCCUUACCGAUAAUCCUCAAUCGACCAACGCCGACACAAUCGCGUCUUCAUACACCUCGUUGGACCCCUCUCCGCGAGAACCCCAAGACCCUUAUGACGACCCUUAUGAUGAUCCAGAGUUCGAUCAAAUCUUUGAGAGCCUCACUGGACCCAAUUCUACCGACAAGUCAGGAACGUCACCGCUUUUAGUCGAUAGUGAUGAAUUUGCUCUGAAACAGUCGGACCAGGAUGCAUUGGCGAAGUUUCUGGAGGAAGAAACCUAG